AAGCAGACGCUUUAUCAGAUGUUCACAGGUCAUGCCCAUGGGAUCAUCCGCUGCCACCCCAACAACUCCACAUCUCUCCCCAGCUUGGGCCUGACCUCAGCGUGCCCACUCGAAGUUGCCCUCCGACCUGAAUAGCAGCCCGGUCAGCUGUCGCCUUUAUCCUCGAUCCUUCAUCAUGUUUCAGUUGCGGUGACGCAUUUCCGUUGAUUAGCGCAGGACCCUGUUUUGUGGACACCUGCUUCCAAUCGCUCAAUGUCACCUCGCGCGCCCGAGCUCCCGCCCUAUGAGCGCCCGACCAUUGCGCGCAAUGCAUCCUCACAGUCCAAAGUCUCGGUGCCGUCCAUAUCGCAGUCCAACGAGGCAGACGAUGAGCAAAGUCUCUCUUCCGACCAGAGCCUCGACAUGGAGUCCCACGACUCGCAGCCCCACUACGAGGGCGAAGACACCCGGUUGACCAGCGACAAGGAGCUCCGCGGCUUUUAUAUGUAUGGGUGGGCUGCCGAGGUCUUUGUUGUAUGUGGUAUCGGGUCUUUUAUACCUGUAACGCUCGAGCAACUCGCGCGCGAGAAUGGCGUCCUAUUAUCCGAUCCUUCCACACCAUGCAAAGCCACGAAGCCUACCGUCCAUCCAGGCCCAUCAUUCUCCACCAACGCCAUAGAAGCUCUGUUCAAACCAAAUCCUGAAAAGGGACAAUGCGUCGUUCAUAUCCUCGGUAUCGAGAUCAACACUGCGAGCUUCGCCAUGUACACUUUCAGUAUAUCGGUCCUCAUACAGGCUCUGCUGAUCAUUAGCAUGAGCGGCGCAGCGGAUCAUGGGAGGUUCAGGAAGACCUUCCUCCUGUGGUUCGCAUUUGUUGGAAGCAUCGCGACCAUGCUUUUCCUGCCCGUGGUCCCCAAGGUGUACCUACUGGGCGCAGUACUGGCAAUCAUUUCAAACACAUGCUUUGGUGCCAGUUUCGUACUACUGAACAGCUUCCUACCGCUAAUGGUGCGCUUCCAUCCUACAGUCAAGUACGCUGACUCAAUCGCCGACGAAUCAUACGCCGACGAGGAAGACGAGGCGGAGACAGAAGAAGACGAUGAAAGAGGUGGAGAAACUCCGACGCAGGAGAACAUCAUACGAGGAGCGCAAUACGCAAACCAGCUUGGACAAAGAGAGGGCCUUCUUGACGAAGUCGCCGAUGCGACAACCGCACUUUUGCCAAGUAAUCUUUCAGCCGUCGACCUGACAAUCCCAAGGGCGAGAAGCAGGGCCGCUCCUUCAGUGGAGCUCGCACUCGCAACCAAAAUUUCAUCCUACGGUAUUGCGAUCGGUUACAUUGCUGCUUUGCUUGUGCAAACUAUCGGGAUUCUCAUCGUCAUUGCGUUCCGAUCCUCCAACUUUGGCCUCCGCCUGGUCCUCUUCGUCAUCGGCGCGUGGUGGUUUGUCUUCACACUACCGACAGCGCGCUGGCUGCGUCCCCGUCCAGGACCGCCUCUGCAUAUCGGUGCGCAAACCUCCAACUUUGGCACUGCGCUCGCGUACUUUGCAUACUCGUGGAAAUCCCUUGGUCGUACAGCGACCCACGCACGACACCUUAAGGAUGUACUACUCUUCCUUGCGGCAUGGUUCCUACUUUCGGACAGCAUUGCGACUGUAUCCGGCACAGCAGUGCUCUUCGCAAAGACAACGCUAGGCAUGUCGUACGCCAUGCUUGCCCUAAUAAACGUCAUCGCAACCGUCUUCGGCGUUCUGGGUGCCUUCCUGUGGUCACGGCUAUCUGCUUUCUUCCGCCUUUCGCCAACACAAACAAUCCUACUCUGCAUCAUGCUCUUUGAAGUGAUUCCGAUCUACGGUCUUCUAGGGUAUAUACCAGCAGUCCAACGCUUAGGAUACCUGGGGUUGCAGCAACAGUGGGAGAUGUACCCUCUAGGUGCAGUCUACGGCUUCGUCCUUGGUGGUCUCAGCAGUUAUUGCCGCGCGCUAUUCGGCGAGCUCAUCCCUCCUGGCUACGAAGCCGCUUUUUACGCUCUAUACGCUAUUACAGAUAAAGGCAGCAGUGUCUUCGGCCCCGCUAUCGUAGGCGCCAUCACCGAUGCUUAUGGCGAGAUUAGACCGGCUUUCUGGUUCCUAGCCAUCCUAGUCGGUCUCCCCUUCCCCAUCAUGACGCUCGUCAACGUAGACCGCGGCCGCACCGAAGGCGCUGCCCUCGCCAAAACCCUCGAAGCUUUGGCGCGUGCUCAGGAUCCCAGCCACAUAGACGCGGACGAUAAUUUGUCGCAGGAGAUCAGAGACGACCUCCGUAGCUCGUUUUCUUAUCAGCGCUCUUGAGUCGUCGAAUUUCCUGUACCAUGAUGUUGUUUGCGCCGCGUUGGUAGCUCUGUUGGCUCGCCAGCUGGACUGGCAGGCUAUGUUUCGUGCAGUCCAUGCAUUGGUGUCUGCACUGCAUUGUAAAGGCGCUUAUUUGCCAUUAGGAUCUAACCUCUCAUCUCUUGUUCAGUCUUGGUUCGCAUUGUUGUGGAUUUGCGCGGGUGGUGUUGGAGAGCAUGUUAGCGACGUCUUUAGCACGAUGUGAAUGGUAUAUACGCAAAUGUGACACACUUCAAUUCGUCA